AGACGAGACUGGUUUAGUUGUGUGUCACGGAAAACAUACUUACUUUAGUUUAUGCUAUUGGUGCGUAUGCACGACGUCUUUUUUUCGUUUUGCUUUUAACAGUCCAACAGUCAUUAUGUUCGCGCAACCUCCUCGCUACUCACUGUUGCUAUUCGCAAUAGCGGAAUUACUUUUUUAUGAUUUUUCCAGCGUUUUUUUGUCUGACACGAAUUUCUUUUCUUCUUCUUUGUGUGUUUCAGAAACCACAGAAACAGCAUUUGGAUUAGGAUGCCGUAAGAGAACAGCAGCCACGGUUUUUUGGCAUUCUUCCCUGCUCUUGAAGACCCAGGAGCUGCUCGUGGAGCGGAAACCGAAUGUUCCUAACCUGGACAUCAAUUUCUACCCGACCUCCGAUGGUCGACACUCUGGAGGGGUUACUCGAGCCACCGUGUGCAGCAACACAAGACGACCUGCCGUGCGCCAACAGGUCUUGCCGUGGGGUUGGACGAAGUAUAACACCAGAGAUCGACGUGUUUUUGCAACUUCCGCGGCUACUGGCGCUACACCACUGCCAGAGAGUUCCUGUACUACCACUGCUGCGCCGCGAGCACAUGUUGAUGAACUACGUCGCGAGAUGGUGGUGGAACUACCAGAUGAUGGCCAAGCUGCUCCGCCACCAGCACUCGCGAAGAGGGAGCAGACGCAAACUACCUGCACGACGCGACACGAACUUCCGAAAGAAGGGGAACAAUUACAGAGCGUGGUCGUGCCAAAACCUCCAAGUAGUAGAACUACUACAGCAAAGCCGCGCACCAGAAAGAGGAACCUCCUGUUUGCGUCCGCGCAGGCGACGUACCCCUCGGAAUUCAAACUGGAGUACUUAUCAAAUGUAAAAAUGUCUGGGUCUGGAAGAUUCUGACACUUGUCAUGCACGUUUUGGAUGAGCCCUGAUGUCUGUGAUGCAUGCCCGAGCAGCACAGAUUUUUUGAGAGCUUCUUGAUGCCUGUUCUGCGUGACAAAUGCCCUCUCCGCGUAGCAAGAAUUCUAUUCCCUUUGGUACUCAUGCAAUACAGAUUUUUUUGGAAUCCAAAUGCAGCAUCACAAUUUGGAUUCUUCCAUACCCAGACAUUUUUACACUUGAUAGUACUGCACACCGGACAACGUUUGCCACACCAACUAUGGAACUGUCAGGUUUGAAAUCGUCAAAGUUGAGAUAGUUUGUCAUGCAUAAAAUGCAACGCAGAAAGUGUCUGUCUUGCAGAGUAGGCAAAAGGGGCAGAUUGUAAGCCUGUUUCGGGGUAGAAAUAGAGCUGCUAGAGUAGCAUGACAAAAGGCGUCUUCCUUACCCAAACAGCAUGACACACUGGAUUUCGGCUCUACCCGAAUUUGUGAUGCGCCACUUGGCAACUGGGUUGCAACUUUCAUCCAUUUUCUGCAUGACAAUUCAUUUCAACUUUGUCGAUUUCAAACCUGACGCUUCCAUACCAACCUCUUUUCCUGCCCGCAUUUCCAGCUGCGCGCCUGGAGCUUCUACCGCCAGAAGACCGCGCGGCCGCCCUUGAAGCAGGCCUGGUUUUUGCUCGGUCUCCCCGCGGAGUACCGGGACGAGCUGAUUUUCAGCUGCCCGGGGGGGAUGGUGGUCGCGGCGUUUCUGAUCGCGACCACGAGCCUGUACACCAACCCCGACCGGGCAAGCAUGUACUUCACGGUGGCUCUGGACAUGCUGUCCAACAAACUGACCGACGUCCACCAGCAGGUCGCCCUGGACAGCUGGCCCGUUCACGAGGCGCACGAUUACUUCAUCAGCGUUCGGGACCAAUUUGACGCGGUCACAAGGAAACCGGCAGUGGAAGAAAAUGUCUUAGACGAGCACACGUCUCGUCCUCCUUCUUCCACCAUCGCCCAAUCCGCUGAUUUUGUUAUCGUGCACUGCCGCGAGUUCGAUCUUUCGUGGCUGCCAAAGAAGGUUUCCUGGCCACUGAACGUACUGCGGAAAACGCGCCUGUUCAUCUACGAAAAGUGCGGCGCCAACGCGGAUGCGGUGGGGAGUUUUUACAACGGAAAUAAGAAGCUGUUGCAAGAACUCAACGGUGAUGAACUUCAACUACCUCAUGAUGAAACACCGUUGGCCGGAUCAUCAGGUCCCGGCCCUAGUGGCGAAAGACGGGAUGUGAGUGGAGGUGUUAAAGGGGAGGCGGGAGAAGCUGCAGUGGUCGAAGGAGAAAUAAGGACGCACAUGUUCACGAAGACCGGAACUUCUGGCACGAGAUUAGACAUAAAACAAAUCCUCGCCAAGCACUACAACAUCACAGACACGGCAAUAGGUCGUGCUGUUCCUUUGUCAACAUCUCAUCUGCAAGGAGUUGCGACAACGGCUGCAACGACGGUGGAAGGGCAUGUCGUGCAGGGAGAAACGACAGUGCAGGGUGUGCCGCAGGAGGAAGAUAAAGCGACGGGGGAACAACAGGAGCUAAACGCGGAAGCCGCCAUGGUGAACUUCUUUACGGAGAACCUGCAAGAACUGCACGUGAUCAACAUCGCAGACGAAGACUUAUGAAAGUGCACGACCCGUCGCCAUUCCCCGCAUAAUGAAUGUAUUUGUAGCGACGUUCUCUCUAGCAGCUCUGCAACAGCAGCACCUUGAGCCGCGCCAGCCACUACAAUGCAGGUUUUGCAAAUACAUCUCUUCCUGGAAUGUACGCAGUACCGCUUAGGUCGUGAUUUUCAAAAAGAGUGUGACACGCAAUGUGAAGAUGUGGUAGGAGAAGGCAAGGAGCGGAUUAUGCUUUUUUCCAUGAUAUGAAAUGGUAAUGGAGCGGGAGGUGGGAGGUGGGCACUCCCAUAAGCCGACCAAGUGAUCCAAAAGCAGACCCGGAGAGACGAAUGUUCGGCGUACACGGCACAUGUGCUGGGCGUGCGGAGGCUGUCCGGGGUGAAAACAUAUCAAAUGCAAAAAUGUCUGGGUCUGGAAGAUUCUAAACUAGUGAUGCUGUCUCUGGAUUCCAGAAAUAUUUGUAUUGCGUGACCAGUAAGAGGAGUAGAUUUUGUGUUCCGCGGAGAUGGCAUUUGUCAUGCGGAAUAGGCAUGAGGAAGCGCUCUAAGAAUCUGUUAUGCUACGGCAUGCAUCACAGACAUCACGGGUCAUGGAAAAUAUGCAUGACAAAUCUAGAAAUCUUCCAGACCCAGACAUUUUUGCAUUUGAUAAAACAACCGAGAAAACCAGUGCCUACGAACGGCAGAAAUACCUCUGGGAGAAUAAGCACCUGCUCCACGAGGACAUUUACGCAAAGUGCAAAUAAUGUCGGACUGCUAUACUCGCUCUAGUUGCAGCAUAAAAAUGAGUAUAGGCAUCUUUGUAGAUCACUACCCGUCUCCAUACCGUAACCACGAGCGCUAGAGAUGUUUUGUCGUACUGCGGAGACAGAUGAAUUGCAAUUUUCAAUGUUACUGCAACUGCUAUGCAGCUACGACACUACUUUUGCACUGCAUAAGACUCUCCGGUUCGCACAGCAACAAAAUUUGGAGGAACUGGGCAUCACAGAUAAACAGUCGAUCGAUCGGUUUAUCGAAACGAACGGACAAUCGGCUGGGCCGGACGUUGCGAACGCCGUCGCUGCAGCAGCCGCCAGGAGCGCGAGUGAUGGAACUCCCACCUCCUUGGAAGGAGUCGCGAAUUAUACCGGGUCUGACCGACGUGGUUCUGGCGGAAGCAAUAGCGGCGGUGCUUCUUCUGCUACUGAAGCGCCAGCAGGAGCACCGGAUGCUGCAACUACAGGACCCAUCGGUGACUUCACGUUUUUUUUGCACGCCGACCCGAUCUCCCACUGGGGGCAGUUCCAGUACCAUUACUUAAACUUAAUCCUGGCCAGCAUGGAGUCCGGGCGGCUGGGGGAAAACAUAAACAACGAGGAAGUCAUAUCCUGGGGAAAAAACGUUCCCUGUCCAGAGCUAAGUCGGGCACCUGGCAACACAAAGAACCUAGUUUUGGGAGUCGCCGCGCGUGACAAGUUGCAGUGCGUAGUGUAAGUGGUGCAGGUAAUUAGCUAGGGCAGCCACAGCACAAAUCCAUCUGCUUAUCCUGUUUACCGCAUUAUCGAUACAAAUGCCAAAACACGAUGAGAAACGACUUUCAUGGGCAUGCGCAUUACACAUGUGCCGGUAGACAGCGAAACCUGCAUAAGAAGUCUGAGGUGGGGACGUUUUUACUCAGCAUAAGUCAACUUCCUGCAUCUCUCCACCCCCCGUCUGGUCGCGGUGUUAUCACCCGGGAAAAAGCAGGCGGGGCAAUUUGUUAUGCAAAAAUGAGUACGCAAACGCAAAAAAAGAAUAUCCCAAAGAGCAUGCUAUAUGAGCUCGCCCAUGGCAGAUUUUUCUCCGUAAACUUAUUUUUGCAUUACAUGCAUUACAAAUCUGCCCUGCCUGCGUUUUUUUCUGGGAUAGGUGUCCACACCAUGCCAGGACCAGGUUUUCAACUAUAUCAUGGGCGAGUCUCUUACCGUCGAGAAAACGAGACGGCAACUGCUCGAGACCUACUGCUGUGCGCAGUUUAUGAUCAGUAAGAAGCAUAUGGAGUGCAACUGCAAACAUGUCGGGGUCGGGAAACCUGUCGUAGUACUGUUCAGUUGUCAAAACGAUUGAGUGCGCCUUCAAGUUGUCUAGGGACGCAUGGCAAAUUUCUUUUCAAACGCUUUCGCAUGCGUAGUGUGCGUCACUACAAAGAAAGUGCGACUUUGCAUGGCGAAGGGGUGGCGCUUUAUUUGUUUCUUAUGCAAUACAGAUUUGUCAGAAAUGCGAGACGCGGAAUUAUACAGGCGGAACCUUUUCAGACCCAAACACAUUUGCAAUGCAUAAGGAAACUGAUUCACAACAUUCCGCAAGCUCGGAUGGAGCGGCUGCAGCAGAUCGUUGACGGUUCGAUCCCAGACCUCUGCCAGCGGAUUGGUCCCACCUACGAGAAGUACAAGGGGCAGAGGCUGAGCUACUGCUACUCGUUGGAGUUUAUCCGGUGGAAAAAUGUCGUCCUCAUCCCAGGGCUGUCAUGCAAAUUCGCAUGCCGAAAUGUUUCGCUUUUGCAUGCGCAGUCACAUGACGAGUAGAGUAUGUCCAAUGCUGCUUGGGAGGCUGUCAUGCUAAAGUCUGGAUAUUUAAGUGGAUGGAGGACGAUUUCUGAUGCGGCUGCGCUAGCUACGCAGGAUUACAACACAAACUUGUCAUGCGCGACACAGAAGACAAAGCUAAGCUUGUUGAUUGGUGUAGCCACAUCAACCCCAUCUUGCCUGCUCUGGGGUCGUGGGGACGUUUUUUCACAGAACAGAGUUUAUGUGGCACGUGGUGUUGGGAGACAAGAAGAUCGAGGAACCGCUGCGGAGUGACGACUUCUCGCUGCCACUUUUUUUGCUAUCAACUGUAAAAAUGUCUGGGUCUGGAAGAUUCUGAGACUUGUCAUGCAUGUUUUGCCUGGGCCAUGAUGUCUGUGAUGCAUGCCCUAGCAUCACAGAUUUUUUGAGGGCCUCGCGAUGCCUAUUCCGCAUGACAAAUGCCCCCCGCGUAGCAAAAAUUACACUCCCUUUGCUGCUCAUGCAAUACAGAUUUUUUUGGAAUCCAAAUUCAGCAUCACAAGUUGCAUUCUUCCAGACCCAGACAUUUUUACAUUUGAUAUCUGCGGUGGAAGGACAAUGAGGAGGUGUACCCGAUAUGGCGAGAACAGCACAGCUAUUAUAUUACAAUGAAAAAUGCCCCCACCCCCGAACUUGAAAGCAUUUGUAUUGCAAUCCUUUCCAAAUGAAACAUUCGCCCUCUUGCAUGUACCAGCAUCACAGAUUUCCGAUCGUGAAUAGCAAAAAUUUGUAUUGCAAAAGAUCCCAGUAAGAGCGGUGCUUGUCAUACAAGCGAUGCGAAACAACACUAGAAUCUGCAUCAGAAAGAUUCAUAUUCCUUUCAUGCAUGACAAAAAGGUUUUAUUUGGAAACUUCGCAUCACAAAAUUUUGCAACUUUGGGGGUGGGGGGCACUUUUCACUGUAAUAUAUUACGUAAUGAAGAGCGAGUAUUUGUCUUUGGCGCACAAACAAGGGCCAGCGAAAUAGUAGUAGAACAAAGUGCCUCUGCCUCAGCCUCUGCCUUGAAAUGGGAAGUACAACAGAUGCAACAGAAGUUAUCGGUCAGUGGGGUGUAGCACCCUCUGGCCACCGCUCUCAGUACGGAACCUCCCCUCUCGCUUUUCACUCUUGUGACCAUGAUACUGUCGUAUGAAACAGAAUCAGAAAGAAACACAGCAGGAGGAGCUCGAGAAGAGGUCGUGAGAGGUAUGAUCGUACCACGGCGACUCCGCCACUUCUGCUGAGGGCAUUCACAUGCGUUCUUCGCCUACCUCGUCACUCGUGUCGGUAAGAAAAAAUCACGACCAAAACGUGUAGCUCGAGCAACGUUCGUCGCAGGUGCUUAGUAGUGCAAAAAGAGUACCGUCAAGGGUCGGGAUCGAUCGGAUGAAGAAGAGUUUACUGCACUUUACUGAAGAAUACUUGUACAAUAGUGAGGGGACAGUUGAACAAAGUCGAUAAAAAAA